AUACUAAAUGCUUCCGGUUUUUAAGGUCAUCGUGACAUACCCGAUUUUUCUCACACUGCGUCCUAUAAGUGACAGAGUUGGUGGAGUUCUCUGUAUAAAUAUUAAUAAUGUUACCAAGUAAUUUGGAAAGUAGAUAGUGUCAUUGUUUAUAAACAGCAGAGACCAGUUACACAGGAACUGCUUUGACACUUUCACCUGAACAUGUCAAAUCCACCUCCACUACCGGAGAAGUCGAGUCCGGUCAGAAAACCGCUAUUUGAGGACUGCUGGAGCUGCCGAAUCCUCUCGGGCGGUGGGCUGCUGGCUUCAGGCGGAUAUGUGUUCAUGCAAGCGCGUAAAUUCAUGCAUUUAGGUGGACCCACAUCUAUGGGCACAGUGGCUCAGAUCAUAUUUGCAGCAGGUUUGGCUUCUUGGGGCCUCGUGGUGAUCGCUGAUCCAGUGGGAAAGAAUACAAGAAAAGAAUAGCAUUGCACUUGCUGCUCCUGUAUUGAUAUGGACUUUUAGAAUGAAUUACCAAAGCCACAUUGCAUGAUACUGCAAAGUUAAAAUGAUAUUCAAAUGUAUAUUCAAACUGUGCGAAUGUAAUGACAUGUGAAUCAAUUUCAUUAAAUGUUUUUAUUUGCAAUUUAUAAA